UUUGCGCCACGACUAUUCAAUUGUUGAGUAACGCAGGUGUGUUUAUUUCGUCCCCUUGGGCGGAUUUGGGGAUUUGGAUAUCCCCAGUAUAGUUUUAUUUCUUAUUUUAAUUUUCUUGAUUCAAAAUUUAAACAGUGUAUCGAGUAAUAGUUUGUUGUAUAACUAAGCAUGUAUUGUUAGAUUUUAUGCCAUGAAGAAACAAGAGUGCAACAAAAAUUCUCCGAGCGGAGCUUGUUUUGCUCUUAUUUUUGAACUUGAAUACACCCACGAAUCAUUUGAAAGUUUUGUGGAUGUUAGAAGAACCAACUAUGGAAAAAAAAGGAGCUGGCCGCAGUGCAUCUUCAAAAUCCAACGGGUCUGAUUCGAAAGUAAAACAAGAUACUACGUCAAAAUUUCCUCGUUCUACAAAACAAAAAGAAAGUUCUGGAUUUCGCUAUGAACCUAUUAAAAAGCCUGCCCCACAAAAAAGUCGCACUACAAAUGAUAAGAGACCACGUCCACGUGGUAAUUUCAACAUCAACAAAAACAAUGGAUUGUAUUAUAAUGGUGAAAGGAGUCAGGUAGUAGAAAGUAUUGGUGCUGAAAUAGGUUCUGCACAGAAUCCUGGUUCAAAGAAGAUAAAUUUAAAUCAUCUUUUGAAUUUUACUUUCACUCCACGAGAAAGCGGACUUGGUGGAAACUUGUGGCCCAAAGGAGGGGCACAACGGCAAUCAUCUUUACCUAGAUACAACAAAGAACAGUUCUUACAAGCAAAUUACCAGUUUGUUGUGCAUGAAAAUGGAAAUUAUGCUGUCCAUUCAGUGGAUCCUGAUAUUUUAGUUGACUGGUCUUUGGUGGAAGAAGUGAGGGUUCCGAGCUUUGAAGCUCCUUGUUGUCCUAUCUGCCUGUAUCCUCCCACUGCUGCCAAGAUAACUCGCUGUGGUCACAUAUAUUGCUGGUCUUGCAUACUUCACUACCUGUCUCUUUCUGAUAAAACCUGGCGCAAGUGUCCAAUUUGUUAUGAAGCUGUAUGUAAAGAUAAUUUAAAAAGUGUGGACUUUGCCAAUAAAACCACCAAGAAAGUUGGUGAUGAAAUCAAUCUUUCGCUUAUGGUAAGAGAUAAAGAGUCUGUGUUUGCUGUUCCUGUCACUCAUUGGAGUGGAGUUAUUGAAAAACCUUUCCACAUUGAUGAUGAUGCUGCCAUCACCUGUUUUCAGAAACUUGUGACAGCUUGUCCAAAGCAGGUGAACACAAUUUUAAGUCGAGAAAAAUCUGAAAUGGUGGCUCAAUUGACAGAAGAAAAAGAUACCCCAGAAUCUUGCUUUAUAGAGUUAGCAUUGCAGACCUUGGCUGAAAGAGAGAACAUUUUACACAAACAAGAGUUAGUAGAAGAAGAAACUUUACAACUACUGGCUCAGUUAGGCAUCUCUAAAGCUUCCUCCUCUUAUGCAUCUCAUAAUACAGGGAAUGUGACAGAAUCACCAGCAGAAGAAAGAAGAAUUAACAGGAGAGGAAGUUUUGUAGAUCCCUUUGCUGAUGAUGACGAAACAGAUGAUAUAAAUGCUACUGGACAUGAAGAUGUGGUAGAAAAGUAUGCUAGAAGCUUGGAAGUACAUGAACAAAUUAAAGCCAUAGCAAAAGAUGUUUGUGAUUUUCAGUGUUUUCCUGAAAAUAAGAGAACAGAAACCAAAAAACCUGCAAAAAAACCCUAUUAUUUCUAUCAAGCAUCUGAUGGGCAGAAUAUUUUUCUGCAUGCUCUGAAUGUUCGUAUGUUGAUAAAGGAGUAUGGAAGUCUGGAGAAUUGUCCCACUACAUUGGCUGCUAAGAUAUUGGAACUUGAGGGUUUUUCAAUGGAUGAGGUUGCUAGGAAACGUUUGAGAUACCUUCAACACUUGCCACUUACUUGUGAGUUUCAAGUUGUAGAAGCUGAAUUAAAGCCACCUGUUGUGUCUCAAGAAACAGUGGAGAUGUUUAGAAAUGAAAUAGAAAAACGACAAUGUUUAAGAAAUCAAAGAGCCUGGAAAGAAAAGAAGAGAGAGAGAUACCUAGAAAAAGAAGAAUUGAGGAAGCUAGGAAAAUAUCCUGAUGUCAGAUAUCGUUUGGACAGUUUGCAUCAUUUUCCAACAUGGAUUGGCUCAGAAAAUUUCAACCUAGAAGAUCCAUCUUCAGCAGAUAUUUCUCCUGCUAUGUCCGAAGCAGAUUCUAUUUCUUCCGAGAUGUCGUCAAUGACUAGUUUGCUUUCUCCUGCAACCUGUGAUUCUUCCCAGAGCAUCUGCUCUCAGAACAGCUCUGAAGACGUUGCGGUUCAGAGAACCACAUCUUUUGCUCAGAUGCUGCAGGACAGUAAAUCCAAACCUGAUCAGUGGAGUCAUACGGUGAAACGACCUGGAUCAGAAAAAACUUCUAUUAAUACUAACAUAAAAGAGACAGGUUCUACAGAAGAUAUUGAUGAUGACUUUGUACCUGUUCCACAAUACCAACAGUCUUUCAGUGAUGCCUUCCAAGCUGCUUUAGACAGCAUAAGCCAACAGAGUUCUUUGCAAGUACAAGAACAAUCUGGAAGUAAAAAGAAGAAAAAAAGAAAGAAAACGAUUCUAAUUGCAACUACAAUGAAUCGAGGAAAGUGAUUCCGCACCAGUCAACAACUGUUAGAAAUGUUAUUAACUUGUUUUACUGUUUAUUGUAUCAUCAAACACUGUGUGAGCAAGAUAUAUAGUUUUAAUAAAUUCGUAUUAAUUAUUGAUUGUUUAGUUGUUUAUCAUUUUAAGAAAAUGCUACAGUGUUCCAUUUAGAAAUCAAAGGAUGUUAACCAGGUGUUGUGUAUUAGUGCUGUUAUUGUAAGCUAUGUUGAAAACUCAGUUUAUUCACUAAUUCAGUUAUCUUGUAGUAAAAUGUGGCUUAAAUACAUCCUACUUCUUCAGAUUUAUAAAUAUAGCUUCAACUGUACACAAACACACACAAAACCAAAUAUAUAUAUUAUGGUGCUGCUUAAAAUUGGAACAAUUGCAAAACUUUGCAUGUUAAUAUUUUUUAAUAAAAAUUCACAAGUGAAAUAAUGUGUUACUUCAGAUUUCAUGUAAGUUACAUAACAGCAUCCAAAAUAUGAAUAUUUAGUAAAAUUUCUAGUAGCAAAGUAUCAAGGCAUACAAAACUUGAAUGAAAAUACUUUUAAAAAGUGAUGUUUAUUUGAUUUGAACCUUCAUGUAUGACAAAUAUUGAAAUUUAUGACAUGUAAUUUGACUUUUCCAUGUCAUAAGUUAGUACCUGUGUGAUUGAAAACAUUUCUUAAAAUGAAAUAUUUUAAAUUGUAGUUACAAAAAUUAAUUAUCUUGCAUUAUAAUAAAAUAAUUGUAAAUAUUUGGUUAAAUUUUACAUAAUUAUGCUGGACUGAAAUGUAAUACCAUAUAUUUGAGAUGUAUAAUUAUUUUUGUUAAGGUUAUUUAAUAAAAAUGAGUUUACAAACAAGAUCUGUGUAUUAAAAUCUUUCAAUUUUCAAGAUCAGCAAAUAUGCUGCAUUUCAUAAUGUAAAAUCAGAUGCUUUUGAUGCUGGGGUGUGUUUUUUAAAAUUCCAAUGUCAUUAUAUAGUAAUCAAAACUUUUUUUUUAUUGUACUUUAGCCAUCCUUAUGCUCAGAGCAAUCAGCAUGAUUUAUGUAUAGAAGUGACCUUGUAAUAAAGUGGCAUUAUAGAAAUGGAUA